UCAUGUUACACAUGGUUCAGUAGAGGAAGAACUGUACUGAUGUCAUCUCCUUCACCAGACCGUGAUACCAUAGCCUAUAAUCAACUUAAUUCACCCCCUGCGGAUUCCACCCGUGUGAGGGAGUCCUCACUAUGCCGGCAUCCAACCAGGGCUGGCCAGAGGAGUUUGGUUUCCAGCUGGGGGGCAAUGGCCCCAGCUACAUUGUGUCUGUGGAGGAGGGCAGCAGUGCCAUGCUGUCAGGCCUGCAGCCUGGAGACCAGGUGCUGGAGAUCGAGGGUCAAGACGUGUCCACCCUCAGCGCCCAGGAGCUCAUUGCCUUGGCCCAGUCACAGAAGAACAUCCCCCCCAGCAUCGGGGUGGUCUCACGCAUCCAUCAGAUGGACAUCACCCCAGGCCCUGAUGGCCGAUUUGGCUUCACCAUUGUAGGAGACUGCCCCCUCCUGGUGGAGGACUGCUCCCCAUUCUCGCCAGCGGGUCGCAACGGGCUGCGUGCGGGCGACUACGUCAUGGAGGUGAAUGGCAUCCCGGUGAAGGACCACGAGACGGCGGCGGCGCUGAUCAAGGCAUCGCAGGGCCGCACGCUGCGCCUGGGGGUGCUCUGCAUGGGCAGCCGCCAGAAGCGCCACAGCAACAGCAUCGACGACUCGCAGCCGGGCAGCGACGGACUCCGGCUGGACCGCAAGCACAAGGCCCUGGAGUUCAACAAGAGGAUUGACCAAGUGCUUGGUGACGAGCCCGAGGUGAAGGAGAAACUGUUUGCUGUUCUGAAGCAGUACGCUGCGGAGAGGAAAGUGGAUUGGCUGGCCUCCGUCCUCCCUGACAUUUUGACCAAUGAGGAGCAACAGAAGCUCAUUGCUAACAUCAGGAUCUUCAUUCCCAAGAAGCACCGGCAGCGCCGGCCAGGCCGUGUCGCCCUGAGCCCUGAUCGGCGUGUGCGGCCGGGCCGCAGGGGAAGGUGGGAGGCGGGCGGCGGCUCCCGCCGCAGCCGCAGCCAGGAGCACCACGAGCGGCAGCACGGCUCCAAGCGCACCAGCUCCGUGCCCCGAGACCCCACCGAGAACGGCUUGCGCAAGAGUGCCACCGCCAACAUCCCCACCCUGCCCAACCAGAGGACGUUGAGGGUUAACAGGGGAAAGAAGAGCUUUGGCUUCACCCUCCGGGGUCAUGCACCUGUGUGCAUCGACUCUGUGAUUCCAGACAGUCCAGCGGAGGACUGUGGUCUCAAGCCAGGAGAUCGAAUUCUGUUUCUCAAUGGCCUGGACAUGAGGAACUGCUCCCACGACAAGGUGGUGUCCAUGCUCCAGGGCAGUGGCGCCAAUCCCACACUGGUGGUGGAGGAGGGCCCGGCCUCAUACUCGCCGUCCGACUCGGAGGAGGCUGACCAGUCGCCCCCGCCGCCGCUGCCCCAGUCACGCUCGUCCGCCCUCAGCUCGCUGCAGUGGGUGGCCGAGAUCCUGCCACCCAGUAUCCGCGUCCACGGCCGCACCUUCAGCCAGACCCUGGAGCACGUGCUGACCGGGCAGGAACGCUACAGCAUCUGCAAGUCCCUGGAGACCUUCUUUCAGCACAGGAAUGUGGACACGCUGAUCGUGGACAUCUAUCCUGUGCUGGACACGCCGGCCAAGCAGGUGAUCUGGCAGUUCAUCUACCAGCUGCUGACCUACGAGGAGCAGGAGCACUGCCAGAGCAAGAUCUCCCGCUUCCUGGGCUUCAAGUCGGCAGAGCCAGAGCUGGGCUCCGAGAGCCACCGGCGGAGCAGCUCCAUGCGGGUGACGGGGACGUCGCACCGGAACAGCGUGCGAGAGCGCAGCUCCGACGACUGCAUCAUCGGCACUCACCUGGGAAUGGGGAUGUACACUGAGCCGGGGGCCAGGCCCACGCCGGAGGAGAGGCAGUGCGGAGACGGCACCUCCUUCCCCGAGUCGCCCAGCAUGAACCAUCAUAUGUCAGGAGUGUACACCGAGCUGGAGGGUGUGUACACAGGAAAGAGUGCAACAUCCUUCCAGGGUCACUCAUCCCCAGCCAACAACGGCGGGCAACCAGAGGGCCAAACACACCCCCGCUCGUCCUUCUCCUCAGGGACCCGAAAGUCUGGCCUGUCUCUGUCAUGGAAGGAACCCAACUCCCAUUUCGAGUUCUACCCCACUUCGGCCGAACCUUCGCCGGGCAGCGUGGAGUCCAACCCUUACGUGACCCUGGACAGCCCGCUGCCCUCGCCCAACUUCCCUUCGCUGGCUGCCGACGACGGGCUGCCCAGUCCGCUGUCACGGCGCCGCAAGCUCUUCACCUUCUCCCGGCCGCCCCGCAGUCGCGACACCGACAAGUUCCUGGACGCCCUCAGCGAGCAGCUCGGCCACCGCGUCACCAUCAUCGACGACUUUGUGGGCGGAGAGAACGACUAUGAGGAGAUGAGUUUCCAGGACGAGCAGGAGGCGAACGCGUUGCGCCGGCAACUGAGCAGUGCCAGCAGCGACAUGCACAGCAGCAGUGACGACACCAACUCCCUCACCUACUCGUCCGGCUCUGACCACAUCCCGCCGCCGCCCCAAAGCCCCCCGCCCCCGCCUCCCCCCAUCCAGUUCACUGACCCCCCGCUGCCCAUCGCGUUGCCCCCCGAGCCGCUGCCCCAGCCGCCGCUGGCCUUCCAGCACCACCCCAUCAUCCCGGUUCCGCCCCCGCCUCCCCCGUGUCCGUUCCUGGCCGGCCGGCCGCCGCUCAACAAGGUGCUGCCCACCAGGGAGGACCUGCAGGAUCGCCGCCGUCACCACCACCACCACCAAAACCAGCUACGCCACCAGCACUCCCAGCAGCAGCAGCAGCAGCAGCAGUCCCAGUCUAACCCAGGGGCGCACACCUCCCCCCAGCCCCGAUCCCACGCCUCCAGCCACCAGCUCCAUCACCCGCACCACCGGAGCCAGACGGCCAUGUUCCCUUCGCCCCAGUGCUCCCCCCAGCCGCUGCGCGCCGCGCAGCCUGCGCAGCCCCACGCGCCGCACCCCAUCCUCCCCAACCAGCCCCAGCUCUCGUCCUUCCUCGCCCGGCAGAGCAGCAGCCCCUCGGCCAGGCCCCAGCAGCCGCACGCCGCCCUGCCCACCAGCCAGACCUACGAGAGCGCCCUCAACCAGAAGGUGCCCCCGCCACCCCCACCGCCGCUGCCCCCCUGCGAGCCCCCGCCCCUGCCCAAGCCCUCCCCGAGCGCCAGCGACUCCAAUCAUAUGAGCGUGAAGAGGCUGCGCUGGGAGCAGGUGGAGAACUCCGAGGGCACGAUCUGGGGACAGCUUGGGGAAGACCCAGAUUAUGAUAAACUCAGUGACAUGGUGAAGUACCUCGAUUUGGAGUUGCACUUUGGUACACAGAGGAGUUCCAAACCCACCUUCCUCCCCGAGAGCUUUAAAAAGAAAGACGUGAUCGAGAUCCUCUCCCACAAGAAGGCCUACAACGCUUCCAUCCUGAUAGCGCAUUUGAAGCUGUCCCCUGCUGAGCUGCGACAGGUCCUCAUGACCAUGAGCACCGAGCACCGCCUGGAGCCGGCUCACAUCAGACAGCUGCUGCUCUACGCCCCCGACGACGAGGAGGUCAAGCAGUAUGAACGGUUUGACCAGGACCUCACCAAACUCAGCGAGCCAGACCAAUUUGUCCUCCAGAUGUUAUUGGUGCCUGAGUAUAAGACCAGGCUGCGUAGUCUCCAUUUUAAGACCACUCUCCAGGAGAAGGUGGAGGAAAUGAGAGCUGGCUACGAGUGCAUCUACAAAGCCUCCCUGGAGCUUAAGAGUAGCAAGAAGCUGGCAAAGAUCCUGGAGUUUGUGUUGGCAAUGGGGAAUUACCUGAACAAUGGUCAACCUAAAACAAAUAGAACAACUGGAUUUAAAAUUAACUUCCUCACUGAGCUCAGCACAACAAAGACUGUUGAUGGAAAGUCAACGUUUCUCCACAUUCUUGCCAAAUCACUAUGCCAACAUUUCCCAGAGCUUCUCAACUUUGCCAGGGACCUUACAACCGUGCCACUUGCUGCUAAAGUCAACCAGAGAACCAUCACUACAGACCUCACAGACCUCCACUCAACCAUUGAAGACAUCCGGACUGCCUGUCUAAAGAUCCCACCCACAGCCGAGGAUCGCUUUGCAGUCGUCAUGAGUAGCUUCUUGGAGAACAGCCACCCGGCAGUGCAGUCCUUAGAUUCACUCCAGCAGAGGGCCAUCGAGGAGUUCAGCAAGGUGGCGUCCUUCUUCGGUGAGGAUGGCAAGGCCACCACCACUGAGGCCUUCUUCGGCAUCUUUGCAGAGUUCACCUCCAAGUUUGAGCGUGCGUUACAUGAAACCCAGGCCACUGAAAACCCACGAAGCCCACGCAUGACCUCUCCUCUUGCUUGGUGAGAAGCAGACAUAUCAACGAUUCUUGACCAAUGUGCCAACAGCUCGAAUAGCGAAGACCGUGGAGAGGGAACACAUUCCAAACAUUGUAUGGAAUUUGUUCAGGCAGUAUGGCCAAACUUAAUCAAGGGUAAAGUUUUAUGUGAGCUCUAUUGCCUGAUUCAGACUGAUUCAGACUUUUACUUAAAAUGUCAUAGUUAAUACCAGAUGUUCAGGAGAUAUAAAUAUAUAUAUAUAUUUAUUUAUAUAGUGUUUGAUCAUAUUUGACAGUGGAAUUGUGCAGCAUGUGUAUGGACCUAACAAAGAUUUCUGAAUGCCAGUGGCAAAGAAUGUACCCAGAGUAUAUAUUGUGUUUAGUUUGGUAAGAAUGAUGUUCUGAUAUAUGUGGCCAGGAUCUGUUUUGUUUACUGCCCCCCUUGCAUCCAUGGUUUCAGUAGUGAAAUAGACAUUACAGUCAUGCAGCAAAAGAACUUGUACAUGGUAAAGAAGAUAAAUACAUGCUAUGUUAAUGGAUCACAUGCAAAUUCCAAAAUGAUCAUGAUUUUACAAAAGAUUCAGUAUUGAAAUGCUACAUGUCCUGACGUUAUAGUAAUACAGUGUAGUUUAAUUUAUGUGGCAUUUGGCAAUUUCAAAAUAUGUUCUAAUCUGGAUUUUUGCUAGUUCAUUUAUUAUUACAUACCCACCAUAUUUAAGACCAGUGAGUAGCCUAGCAUGUGGCAUAGGGAACAGUUUGUGUGUUUCAGUCCUCUCAAAGCUGAGUAUUGACUAAAAGAACAAGAUAUUCUGGCACUGUUGGUAUAAUUAUUUGUAAAGCAGUCACUGUCGUGGUUUUUUUCUCAGUCUUAUUAUUUAUUUUUGUACAGUCAUUACUUUAAUUUGAUUAAUGGUGGAGUCAAUAUGUUAUUGUCUCCUUGAUAAGAGCAGAAUCAGAACAUAUUUAUGUUUAUUGUUUUGAAUACAUAUGAAGUGUUUUUUGUUCUGUCUUUCUUUUGUCUUCCCCCCUUCAGCUGUGUAGCUUGGUUCAUUUUAGGCCUUAUAGCUGAAUGUAAACCAAAAAUCUCAAAACAGCCCCACAUAUUCUGUCACAGAUUCAUUAUAACUUUUGCUUGUGACAAAAUAGCCUAAUUGGCUGCUGUGAUGUCAAUACCCUUUAUUUAUUUGUGUCUAAUUAUGUAAUUUAUAUGUUUUUAUGUUAUAAUGUAUCUCAGUAUCACUGUUCUGUAGUACAGCUACUGGCUUCAGUAUGUGGGCCAUAGACUUAUAAAUGCCGCUUGAUGUAUGUGUUUUAUAAUAUUGUGAGAAUAAAUUUGCUUUUGCUGACCAA